GUCCAUCAUCACCUACCUUUUAAAUCCCCUUGCCCUCUUAUCCAUUCCUCUGCAGUCCAUUAUUGUCCCCCUUAUAGAGUUUAGAAGCCCACGCACAAUCGUAUAAAUCGUUGUUCAACAAUAAAUAGCAAAUUUAAUGGCCGACGAAGCCAAAGCGAAAGGGAAUGCUGCGUUUGCCGCCGGCAACUUCACAGAAGCCGUGAGCCACUUCACGGAAGCCAUUAACCUUUCACCCACCAACCAUGUUCUGUUUUCCAACCGAUCCGCAGCCUAUGCUUCUCUUUACAAGUUUACUGAAGCGCUUUCGGAUGCCCAGAAGACCGUCGAGAUCAAGCCCGACUGGUCCAAGGGCUACUCCCGUCUUGGCGUUGCUUACAUGGGCUUACAUAGUUACAAUGAUGCUGUGUUGGCUUACAGAAGGGGUCUUGAAAUUGACCCUAAUAACGAGCCGCUUAGAUCUGGACUCGCCGAAGCGGAGGCUGCUCUGGCGAGAUCUUCGAGGCCUCGGACCGGACCCGGUGUCAGUCUCUUUGCGGAGGCAUUUGGGCCGGAUAUGUGGGUUAAGCUGGGAAAUGACCCAACGACGCGGGGGUUCCUGCAGCAGCCUGAUUUUGUUAAAAUAUUGCAGGACCUUCAAAAAAAUCCAAAUAAUUUGAAAUUGUAUGUGGAUGAUCAAAGAAUAGUGCAGGCAAUGGGAGUGUUGAUGAAGGUGAAUGUUCAGACGAGGGGUGCUGAAGAUGUAAAAAUGGCUGAGGCCUCAUCACGUUGGUCACCAGAGGGGAAGAGGCCUGCAGCUGCUGAGGCGGAUACUGUCAAGGAGAAGAGGCCUGAGCCUGAACCAGAGCCAAUGGACUUAUCUGAGGAAGAGAAAGAGAAAAAGGAGAAAAAAGCACAGGCGCAGAAAGAGAAGGAGGCCGGGAAUGUAGCGUAUAAGAAGAAGGAUUUUGAGACUGCAAUUCAGCAUUACACCAAAGCCAAUGAGCUCGACGAUGAGGAUAUCUCUUUCCGCACUAAUCGUGCUGCUGUGUACUUGGAGAUGGGGAAGUACGAGGAUUGCAUUAAAGAUUGUGACGAAGCUGUUGAAAGGGGAAGAGAGAUUCGGUUGGACUAUAAGAUGAUCGCAAGAGCUCUGACAAGAAAGGGAACUGCCUUAGUGAAGAUGGCAAAAUGUUCGAAGGACUACGAACCUGCCAUUGAGACUUUCCAUAAAGCGCUCACAGAGCAUCGCAACCCCGAUACAUUGAAGAAGCUCAAUGAUGCUGAGAAAGCGAAGAAAGAACUAGAGCAACAAGAGUACUUUGAUCCACAGAUAGCUGAUGAGGAGCGUGAGAAAGGCAACCAGUAUUUCAAAGAGCAAAAUUAUCCGGAGGCUGUGAAGCACUACACGGAAGCAUUAAAAAGGAACCCAAAAGAUCCCAAGGCAUAUAGCAAUAGGGCUGCUUGUUACACAAAGCUUGGGGCUCUUCCCCAGGGACUGAAAGAUGCUGAAAAAUGCAUUGAGCUCGAUCCAACAUUUGCUAAAGGUUAUACUAGAAAGGGGACAAUCCAGUUCUUUAUGAGAGAAUAUGAUAGGGCUUUGGAGACGUACCAGGAAGGACUAAAGCAUGAUCCCCGGAACCCGGAAUUGCUAGACGGUGUUAGGAGGUGUGUAGAGCAAAUAAACAAGGCUGGCCGUGGAGACUUGAGCCCCGAGGAACUCAAGGAGAGACAGGCUAAGGCAAUGCAAGAUCCGGAGAUUCAGAACAUUCUAACAGAUCCAGUGAUGCAACAGGUCCUCGUCGAUCUCCAGGAAAAUCCCAAGUCUGCACGGGAUCACAUGGGGAACCCUCUUGUUAUGAACAAAAUACAGAAACUGAUCAGUGCGGGAAUUGUUCAAAUGCGGUGAGGAGAAUAUGAAAUGAAGAGCAUUAACUAGAUCUCCGUGUAGUGGAAUGGAAUAGUAGAUAAAACUGUUGUUACAUUUUGAUAAUUUUGGUAUUUUCCUUCUGUGACUGCUUUGUCAAUUUUUCCAUGCCCUUUCUGUAUUGUAAUAAAUGUUGAAUAUUUUGGUUGUGAGCUCGUUUAUUUA